AUGUUACCAUUGUCGUCAACAAUGCCAUAUAAUGAAAUUUUAUUUUUUAAAAUAAUAAGGAAUAAAAUUAUCUUCAAAUAUAUUUUAUCAUUCAUCCGGGAAAAAUCUCCUUUGGAUAUUGAUUUGCUCACUAUGAUAGAGGAAGGAAGAUAUUCAAUUAUUUUAAACAAGCUAAAAUCAAAUACACCUAUGAUAGUUAAUGAAGAAAGUAUAGAUGAACUAUGUGAAAACUAUAUUUACAAUCGAUAUUUUGAAGAAAUGUUUGAUUUAUUAUGGAAACAAUAUGGGGAUAAAUUAAAAAGAUUUAAUAUAUUAGAAUCAAUAGCCGGAAAACAAAACCAACAUUAUUCAUUAGAUUUAUAUAAAUAUUUUAAUAAUAACAAUCAAACACAUAAAAUAUUCACUUUAUUAGAUUAUUGUUUAAGGAAUAGUAAACCAAAUUAUAAAAUAUAUUAUUCACACUUUAAAAAACAAUCUCAUUAA